GUCUUGGCUCUGGUUCCUGAGCAGAAAAGGGCCACCAAUAUGCCCUGUUGUGCUCCCAGCUUUUGGCACUAGAGGUCUCUGCCUUUGCCUGGCUCUUGCUCCAUUCCUACUCUCAUCUGGCCUCCUUCCUUCCUGCUUUCCUUCCUUUGCAACCCACUUUCCUGCUAGACAACAGCCAUGGCCACAGAAGGGGAGAGCACCACGGCACUCUUGCCGGGUUUCGUCUUCGGCGCCUUGGCCUUCCACCAUCUCAGCACCGACUCCGACUCUGAAGGUUUCCUCCUUGGGGAUGUGAAGGGUGAAGCUAAAAACAGUAUUACUGACUCCCAAAUGGAUGACGUUGAAGUUAUUUAUACAAUUGAUAUACAGAAACACAUUCCAUGUUACCAACCCUUCAGCUUUUACAAUUCAGCCGGAAAACUGAAUGAGGCAUUGCUGAAGAAAAUAUUGUCAGGCUGCAAAAAGACUGUGGUAGGCUGGUACAAACUCAGGCGUAAUACUGACCAGGCAAUGACUUUCAGAGAGCGACUCCUUCAUAGACAUUUACAGUCACACUUUUCAAAUCAGGGUCUGGUUUUUCUGUUGCUAACUUCCAGUGUAACCUCUUCAAGUUCAUCCACUUACAAACUUGAAUAUGCCUUGCACAAGCCACAAGAAGGUCUUUUCCAGAAAGUUCCUCUUGUUGUGGCCAAUCUGGGAAUGGCAGAGCAGCAAGGUUACAGAACUGUAUCUGGUUCUUGUAUUUCUUCUGGAUUUUAUAGAGCAAUCGCAAAACACAGGUCAGAAUUUUUUAAUGAAGAUGGGUCUCUAAAAGAGGUACAUAAGAUUAAUGAAAUGUAUGCUACUUUGCAGGAGGAACUGAAGAAUUUGUGCAGUAAAGUAGUGGAUAGUGAAAGGCUGGUAGAGGAUCUGUUAACACAAGUAGAUCAACUAAGACAAGUAGUAAAAACAAAAAAAGAACAGAUACAAACUGCAGAGGAAAACAAAAGCCACCCAGACGAGCCAAAAGAGAAUAUUUUCCUUUGUCAAGCCUUACAAAGCUUUUUCCCAAACUCCGGAUUACAGACAAGCAUUGUUACUUUAAAAGGAAGGCAGCUCUCUAAGCACUGCUGCACCAUUGACCACAACAUCCGAGUAGCAGACCAACUGACAUUAAUGCUCAAAGAAUGCAGCUUUAUUGAAACUGAAACAAGGCAAGUAAUGAAGCGAAAAGCGACAGUGAGUACAAGUGGAACAAAGCCUUACAAAAGGCUACGAUCAUUCCAACUCCGUCAGAAACUAUUUCGAGAAGACACUGACAACAAUGACCAAGACGGAAAUACAAGCAAUGCUGAACUAUAUGAGGAUGAAGCAAGGGAACCUAAUGAAUACACACGUUCUCCAACUAUGUAAUCUCUUCUAGAGACAUCUCUAUUUUUCUUCUAAUUGCUGCAUAGAUAAUGACCAUUCUAUGGUAACUCAGGAUGCCUGGGCAAUAUCAGUAAAAUAGCAAAAUUCACUCAUCAAAAUCCAGACCAGCAUUGUCUUUACAAUUCAGGGAAACCAAAGUAGUCUCUUCAUACUUUGCAUUGUUUAUCUUCUCAGGGAUUAUUGCAGUAGGAAUGCACCAGCACAGAAUAGUCUGAGAAAGGUUAUUUUAUAAUUUUUAUAUGGAGAACACAACGGUGUAUUAAGUAUGCUUAAGGAGAUGUGAUUACAUUUUUGCAAUCCGGAAAAUAUGGAAGGAGACCAAACUUCUGGAAUUCCAUUUAUCCAUCAUUUUUUUGUGGACUAACAUUUGAAUUGUUCCGACCUUUGUACGUUAUUAAUGCAAAAUAUAGAUGAGCCAAGAUAUUAAGUGAGACUAAGCUUGAAGCCAGGCAUGGCCAGACACUUCCAGAAAUAUGUAACACUAGGCAUAAUGGUUUUUCAUUAUGCAUAUCAGAGAUAAGCAACUGUGUCAGAGAGGGGAGCAACUUUUGGCUACAUCUUUUCAAAAAAAGGGUACAACAACAUUUCCAGUUUUCUCAGGUUUUGUUUAACAUUUCCAAUUUUAGGCUUUUUUCCCCUACUGUGGAUUUGGGAGGGAGGUAAGCAGAUCCCAACUACUACAUUUUAUCUAAUUUAGGCAGGAUGUAAAUAUUAGAUUGGGGGCCACUUGCCAUAAUUUCCCCACCACUAUGAUAUAUGAAACAGCUAUAUUUUGAUAAUGCUUACUGUAAUGUCAAUAAAUAAGGCUAUUCAGUUGGAAGAAAUCUUAUGUUUACUACAGCAAAAAAGAUAUAAAAUCAUUACUGGUGUGAUGGUAUUACAAAUAUUUUCCUUUGCAUUUUCUAUACAAAAAGAAAUAAGAGGAGACACAGCAGUACCUUGUUCAUUGAGUUUCUAUUAAUGAGCAUAAAAUAACUACAAAACACAUUCAUUAAGUACAAUUAUCGAUUUAUUCUGGAUACUUAAUAUUACAUAUCUUAGGGUCACUGAGGAACGUUGGGUCUUUAUAUGUCACUGACAUAAAGCCUGCAAAAUAAUAAUCAAGAGGUUAAGUUUUCAAAGACAAGGACUAUGAAAAAUGUAAACUCCUCCAUAUUAUAAAAGGGAACCAUACCUGUCUUUCGGGCCCUUCUAAUAGCUUUUGAGAGUUCAGAUUGUUUCUUUUCACAUAAGCCUGUGAAACCAAAUAAUAAUUCUGAAAACCACUUUGACAUAAAAUAUCAAAUGUUUAACUCAGAUUACUUUUUUAAAAGUUUCAUUCAGUUUUGGAAAACACAAUAUCAUUUAAAGAGCCACAUAGUUCUUGAGUUUUAAAAGGGAUGAAAAAGCAUCAAAUGGAUAUAAGAGUAAGCAUAAUACUGCUGAAGCUGUUCUUUAUUACAUACCUGUUAUGUGUCUACCGAAGAUUCGACCAGUAUAUGGAGAAACAAACUGUGAUAAAAGCUGUUGGAAAAACAAGAUGUUUCAAUCUUCAAAUUCAGUAAAUAUUUGACAAGAAACACAUUGUAUGGUACUAUUUUAUUCCAAAUACAGUGCUGCUUCUGAACAUGUUGUGAUUGUCUUCAUUUCACCUACAUUUUGGAAGUGACAUAGCCAUGUAUAGAAAUAUUGGCUUGGAGUCAAAUAUUUUACUGAAAGGGCUUAGUAUGCUUGAUGCUUGCAAUCCUUUUAUCUUCACUCCAUUUUAGAUGUUAAGAUACAAUGAAUCAGUUGUGUAUUCAUUCUGCAUCUUGAAUUUGAACUAGCUUUUCUAAAACUAUUUAGCAGCUUGUGAUCGCUUUAUUUUAUCAGUUUUAAACUUAUCAAUUUAUGCAAUGCUUUUGACAGGAAAUAAAUAAACUACCUUUUCUGCCAUCUUA